AAUUGGAAGUCUGCAGCGCUUCUGUGCAGUCGAGCGUCCGCUAAAGACAAACAAACUGUUGCAUACCUCCGCGCGCGCAUGAAGACACGGCGGGAAAGCGCCUUCUCCAGGAUCUCCAGCUGUGUUUGACAGAUCUGAUGCGUGGGAGGAAUAUGGAUGUUAUUCCAAUGUGUAGUAUUUUCCAGGAGCUGCAGAGUGUUCUUGACACGGGAUACCUGUCUGCAUUACCAUCUCUAGAAGAGUACUGGCAACAGACUUGUCUGGAACUUGAGCGCUAUCUGCAGAAAGAGCCCUAUGUCUCUGCAGCUGAUCUGAGAUCAGUAUACCAGUCUGACAACCUUUGGAAUCAGAUUCUGCGUUGCUGUGGGACUGAACCGAGCUCGUCCCUGCCGGAAGCUUCCAUCCCCAAGCAGGACGGGAUCGCUACGGCUUCCCAUUUGUCAUUCAGCACUGCAUCAGCUGAUGUGCACACACACACACUGGAUCACAGCGUAUCUGAGCAGCAGCAUGUAAGACCCUCCUCGCCCUCACUCCCUCUCAUGAAGGAUAAAGAAGAUGCAGAAGGGGUGACAGGGGAUGAGGGCAAAAGUGUGGGGUCACUUGAAGGACGAAGGAGAGCUCAUCGCUGUUACUUCAACGGCUGCAGGAAGGUGUACACCAAGAGCUCUCAUCUGAAAGCACAUCAACGCACACACACCGGUGAGAAACCAUACAGAUGUUCGUGGGAUGGCUGUGUGUGGCGCUUCGCUCGAAGUGAUGAACUGACGAGGCACUUCAGAAAACACACCGGAGCCAAACCUUUCAAAUGCAGCCACUGUGACAGGUGUUUCUCUCGUUCUGAUCAUCUGGCCUUGCACAUGAAGCGACACAUCUGAACGCAAAUCCCAAAGACCUGUCACAGCUGGUUUUCUAUGUAUUCGCUGAGUGCCAGUGUUGCAGAUUUUGCACCCUCUUGUUAAAGAUAUAAUUUUAGCAGAACAUGGAUAUUAGCAUUUUUUUUUUGUCCUAUGCUUAUGACUUAUUCAAUUCAAGUUAAAGCAUAGCUAUAAAGGCACUGAAAAGGCAGAAAGUCUGGUACGGAAUGUAAAUUAACAUAUUAACAGACUUUUGCAAAUUGCAGUGACUAUGUAUGUCAAAAUCAAAAAUAAUAUUUUGCUAACGUGUUUAUAUCCAGAGCAGCUAAGUGUCCAUGUACCUUUAUAAAAAAUACAUAUUUGCGCUAGAAGUGUUUAUUACAAUCUCAGAUUUACUAAUAUGUUCCUAUAAUAUACUAAUAUGUAGCAUUUAGGAGUGAAUAAAGUACAAAUGACCUGCUUUAUCCAGCAGUUACAGGUACAUUAGUCAAACUAAUAUUACUUGUUCUGUAAACCAAUAAAUUUAACAUUAGUGCCUUAAAAUGGUUCUCUUAAAGUCAAUUAUAAGCUAUUCAUUAGUAAUCACUUUGGCCACUUAAAGUUCAGGUUUGAUGAUCAGUUUUUUCAGAAGGACUGGAAUGACUGAAUUGUGCAAUUGAAUGAUUGUUACCCAAAGAGAGGAGCUGGAUUUGCUGCUGUGUAGUAUGCUAUAAUUUUAUGAUUUUGAAACUUGCAUCAUGAUAUUUCACUGCUUUACCGAGCACAAACUGACAUCAUGUUGGCUCAGAUGAAGCUCUAGCAUUUGUUGUCCAGAUGUUUUAAGCCCUGCAAAUGUUACAGAGACAAGGAUGUUCACUCAUUGAUUGAUUAUAUGAAAGCUGUUGAUGUCUUACUGGAAGUUGCAGUAUCUUAAGGGGAAUUUUAAAAUGCACUCCAAUAUUAUCAUAUUAUUAUAUUAUUAUUAUAUUACAUUAGUUUCAUGCAAAAAAAAAAAAAAGUAAAUUUAAUUCUACCUGUACACCAUGGUAAUUUUUAAUCAUUCAAAUCUUUGUCUAAAGGGACUGAUGUAAAUGUUUUUUUUUUAAAUCAUUUUCUUUGUUAAAAGCAGAUUUCUAUGUAAAGCAAAUAUAUUGUAAGAUUUUUAUUAUUUUUGUGAAUACAUUUUAUACGACAAGAAUAAUGAAUGAUUUUUUAUAAAA